AUGCCCGCAAAGACCGCAGUUUCAUCUUCCACAGAUAAGGCUCAACAUGCGUUCUUCCCAUACGCAAGGUACACCUCCGUCACAUCUCUCUUACUCUGGCCAUCGCUCGCAGAUCCCGAUCGUCCAGAAACCCAAUUUAAAGACGCACUGACAAACAACCCAGUCAUCACACUCGCUUGGAUCGUCGCAGGGCUGGUAGUCCUCCAAAAAUUAGGGAGAGCGGCUGUCUUCACUUCGUGUGUAGCCUUGGUGUUCCAUGCAACUAUAGUAUUGUUCGGUGCUCCUUCUGCAAGCCACCUCCCUCAUACAUUCUUGCUGGCGAUCGUUCUAGCACUACUAUCCGUAUUCGCACCGGCUUAUGCACUGGGUUACCCCUCGUUCUCUUCCAACACUUCGUCCUUCAUCACCAGACUUAACUGGACACGUUUAUUCGCUGAGCUUUCAAAGAGCUCUGGUUUAUCCCGCUGUCUCUCACUAUUUGGUGAAAUGUGUGCUUUGGCUGAUGCUGAUCCGGACACGCUCCUGAGACUUUGA